GGGGGGGGGUUCCUAUAGAUCUUCAAACAAGGCAAGUCAUGUACGCAUUACAAUUCAUUCGGCUGAAGGAAACCACAAUGACACUGUUCCUUCUGCUGGGGGCUAGGAAAUUAUUUUUCAAGCUCAAAAAUGGUAUCAACAGUCGGGACUAACCCAAUGAAACUGCCGUAUACUAAUUUGUCGAGUUGAGAGAGACAUCCAUCCACGCUUGUCUAGACUAAAUAGGGUGUCAUGUCUACUCAUGGACAUGGACAAAGCAUUUUCCACCGGACGGUAAUCUUUUUUUAAAUAGUUUAGCACAAACAUGUAAUGUGUAACCCUUUUACGAGUACACAAAAAUCAUGUAAUCUUCAGUUAUGUAUCUGGGAGGAACGAGUUUUCUAACAUGAAAAAAGGCCAUGACAUAAGGACAAUUAUGUUAUGUAUAAUACUUUUUUCAAACCCAAGACCGCAAAGUUUCUUUCAGUGUUGGUAAUCCCUCCUCUUAUAUACACUUUUAAUAAAAAUGACUUCUGAUAAUUUAUAUUUGUACGCAUGCUGCAACUUUCAAAGAAUACUCAGCAACUCUAGUAACCGUACUUUAAUAAUGCUUCCUCGCCCUCCUCACGAACCAAUGACUGCCUAUUUUAAUCUUAGUAGUGCUAGAUGAAUGAUAAAAAAAAAGGAUUUAAGGUUACUCAAGCAAAAACAGAGGAAAAGAAAGAAUUUUUUUUUUUUGGUCAUAGGAUGUAUCUGACCGACUUAAAAGAAAUCUGCUGAGAUGUUGGUAAGUGGGCUAUUACUCUCAUAAAUUUAUUCUGAAGGUCAGAAAUGAUUAAGCUGCUACUGUCUCCUGCUCAAAUGCCUUUACAGACUAUAAAAAAACACGUGUGAUACGUUAUCAGCAAUUAAUAGUUACGGUGAUAGUACAUCUUAUUUUGUGUAUACGGAUUUCGAAGAGAUAUACAUUGCUGAGAGGAAAUAUCUUUUUGUCAAAUUAAGAUAAUAUUUUAUCUACUAAGAAAUUAUUUUUUUAUGUACUCUAUGUGUGACAGUAAUAUUGAUCGAAGUAAGCUGCUUUAUCUCAAUGUUACUGAAAAAAUAAAUGUACGAAAUUGUAUAGAUUUAACGCCCUUCCAACACUCUACUCAAAGGUUAAUUAAGAGGAGGGGCGGCCCCAUCUUUAAUAAUAUAGGACCAAGCUAAAAGAAAACAUUAGUGUAAAGUCCCUUUCCCAAUGAGACAACAUCAGAUCGAACAGAAACUCGAACUCAUGAACCUUUAGACUCAUGAUUACGGGUCCGAUAGCCUAAAAACUAGACUACCGACGUCACCCAACGAUGCAGUGAAAGCACGUUAUCUGUACAUACUGUAUUUGAAUGUACAGGGGCUUACGUUUCUUUUCUUUGUUAUUGUGAUUUAAGUGGAACGGACCUUGGGCAACAGUACUCUAUGUGCUCUUUGAAAACACAAAAACUAAGAUAACAGGUGACGACAGCUUAAACCAGAUAAAAGUGUUCAUAUGGUGAUAAUACAACGGUGUUCUACCACUGCAGCCAACGAUCAGAUGGUACUGAGAAGUCUAUGUCUUCAAACUAAUUGAGCGGUCUUCGUCAUGUCGGGAUUUUCCUCUCAUAGUCCAAAAGAUUCUCCUCACAUAAAGUACAAAGAGGUGAUCAGUCAGAAAGAUUUGAAUAUUCAUCGUCCCACAAAAACUUCUCGAUGUGAACGGCUCUCUCGUAAAACAGAAAGAUGUACCACUGUGCUGCUAGUCCUUUGUGCCUUAGCCGCUGUCAGUAUUCCUGUGUACAAAGUUCUAUAUCCGUACCUUUCUAGUCUCAUAGAAGAUGGAAACAAACAUCCAAGAUCUCCACAGUGCAGCGUUGAGGAGAACAAUCGUUUUGACUGUUGGCCAGAGAAAGAUGGAGCCACUGAGGAAAAAUGUCGUCAGCGUGGCUGCUGUUGGCAGCCGUCCUCCACGCCAGAGACAGCGCCCCCCUGUUUCUUCUCCUCCAAUUAUAGUGGUUACAACGUUGUACAGAUUAAGCAGUCGGCCUCGGGAAUUGAUGCGACACUGCAAAGAAACACCACUACCUUUUUCUCUAAAGACUCCAUGACGUUGAAGCUGCACGUGGAGUACCAGACAGCAGAGAGGCUUCGAAUUCGUUUCUACGAUCCGGUAGUACAACGCUAUGAAGUCCCCCUGGAUGUUCCGAGCGGAUCUACCCCAGGAACCAAGCUGUACGACGUCAAAGUUUUUCCACAACCCUUCAACAUUCUUGUGACUCGCACUUCCACGGGAACUCCAGUCUUUGAUACAAGAUCAACAGCUCCACUGAUCUUCAGCGAUCAGUUCUUGCAGAUCGGGACAAAAUUUUCCUCCAAAUAUGUUUAUGGAUUUGGAGAACAUCGAAGUAAUUUUCUUCAGGACCUGUCGACUUGGAGACGACUUGCUUUCUGGAACCAUGAUAGUUCCCCUCGUAUUGACACAAAUGGCUAUGGGACUCAUCCUUUUUAUUUGAACUUGGAACCCAGCUCUGGGCAGGGAGUGGCUGAUGCCCAUGGAGUCUUUCUGCUUAACAGCAACGCAGGAGAAGUAGCACUACAACCAUUUGGCGGGCAUGACGGGCCUGGGGCGGUCACUUACCGCAUGAUGGGCGGAGUCUUGGACUUCUAUCUGGUGUUGGGCCCGGAUCCAGAGUCGGUGGUCUCUCAAUACUCAGAUGUCAUUGGUAGACCUUACUUCCCUCCUUUCUGGUCGCUAGGCUUCCAUCUGUGUCGCUUUGGUUACCACAGUGCUGAGGCUUUGGGACAAGUGAUCAAGAGAAACCGCGAUGCUCAUAUGCCUUAUGAUGUCCAAUGGACUGAUGUCGACUACAUGAUUGACAGGCGAGACUGGACCCUUGACCCCGUGCGCUACAGUACACUUCCAGCCCUUGUCAAAGACCUGCAUGACAAUAACCAGAGAUAUAUUAUCAUGGCGGAUCCUGCCAUAUCUAGUACACAACCGGCCGGUACAUACCCUCCAUUUGAUGAUGGAAUGAAGCUGGAUGUGUUUGUGAAAAACAGCACUGGGGAUAUUCUUAUUGGAAAGGUAUGGCCAGGAUUGACAGCAUUCCCUGAUUUCUUUCACCCCAACGCGUACACAUACUGGCUGAAGCAGGCGACAGAUUUUCACAGGAAAAUCCCUUUUGAUGGCUUGUGGAUUGAUAUGAAUGAACCCUCCAGUUUUGUUUAUGGUUCAACACAAGGAUGUCCAGGGAACUUGUUUGACGAUCCCCCGUUUGUGCCUCCAAGUAUAACAGACAAGUCUCUCAUUUCUCACACCAUCUGCCCAUCUGCACAGCAAUCUAUCUCGGAACAAUAUAACGUUCACAAUAUGUACGGUUGGUCUCAAGCCAAUGUUUCUCGAGGAGUCCUAGACACCUUGUUCCAAGGGAAACGUUCCCUGCUCAUCUCCCGCUCCACCUUUGCUGGUUCUGGAAAGUUCACCGGUCACUGGCUGGGUGACAAUUAUUCCGGGUUUAUUGAAAUGGCUUUUUCUAUCCCAGGAAUAUUGAACUUCAACCUGUUUGGUAUCCCUCAUAUUGGCGCAGAUAUCUGCGGCUUCUUGUGGCUUGCAGAUGGAGAGCUGUGUGUGCGCUGGCACCAGCUGGGAGCCUUCUACACCUUUAUGAGGAACCACAACGGAUUACACUUACCUGACCAAGACCCCGCCGUCUUUCCUUCACCGUACAAGGAUUACAUCCGACUUGCCUUGCAGCUACGCUACCGCCUCCUGGCAGUCCUCUACAACUACUUCUUUGAGGCUCACAUGCUGGGCAAACCCAUCAUUCGGCCGUUAUUUUACCUCUAUCCUGGCACAGAGCAAAUUGACGCACAGUUUAUGUGGGGACAGGACCUUCUCAUUUCACCAGUUCUUAAGCCGCGUGCAGUAUCUGUCAAGGCAUACAUUCCCAAAGAUACCUGGUUUGAUUUCUACACCGGAGCACAGUUGGAUACAGUCAAUCAGUGGGUGGAUCUCGCUGCUCCUCUGGAUCAUAUCAACGUGCAUGUUCGUGGGGGCUCCAUCCUGCCUCUGUUACCAGCAACAGAACGCUCAGACUUAUCUCGUAAAGAAAAGUUCCAACUGCUGGUCGCCCGGAAUUCCUCGAAAUCUGCCUUUGGUCAGCUCUACUGGGAUGAUGGUGAAAGUCGAGGCAAGUCUUUGGUCUUCAUCAUGUCGGGAUACAUAUCUCAUAGUCCAAAAGACUUUCCUCACAUAAAGUACAAAAAGGUGACCAAUCAGUGUGAGCUGAAUAUUGACCAUCAACCAAAAGCGUCUCGAUGUGAGCGUGUCACUCGCAGGACAGAAAGAUGUACCACUGUGCUUCUAGUCCUGUGUGCUCUAGCAGCUGUCAGUAUUCCUGUGUACAAAGUUCUGUAUCCGUACCUCACUACUUUCAUAGAAAAUGGAAAGACAAAUCCAAGAUCUCCACAGUGCAGUGUUGAGGAGAACAAUCGUUUUGACUGUUGGCCAGAGAAAGAUGGAGCCACUGAGGAAAAAUGUCGUCAGCGUGGCUGCUGUUGGCAGCCGUCCUCCAAGCCUGAUACAGCCCCUUACUGUUUCUUCGCCUCCAACUACAGUGGCUAUAGGGUGGUUGAAAUUAAGGAGUCGCCUUCAGGUAUUGAUGCCACCCUGCAAAGUAACACAACCUCCUUCUUCUCUAAAGACUCCAUGACUCUGAAGCUGCAAGUGGAGUACCAGUCUGCAGAGAGGCUUCGCAUUCAGUUGUACGAUCCGACUGUGCAACGCUAUGAAGUUCCCCUAGAUGUUCCAAGUGGAUCUACCUCUGGGGCCAGGCUGUAUGAUGUGAAAGUUUUUCAGCAACCUUUCAACAUCCUAGUUACUCGCACUUCCACGGGAACUCCAGUAUUUGACACAAGAUCGACAGCUCCAUUGAUUUUCAGUGAUCAGUUCCUGCAGAUUGGGACUAAAUUUUCCUCCAAGUAUGUGUAUGGAUUUGGAGAACAUCGAAGUAAUUUUCUUCAGGACCUGUCAACUUGGAGACGACUAGCUUUCUGGAACCGUGACGCCUCUCCUUAUACUGAUGCAAAUGGCUAUGGCACUCAUCCUUUUUAUUUGAAUAUGGAGCCGACGGCUGGGCCCGGAGUGGCUGAUGCCCAUGGAGUCUUUCUGCUUAACAGCAACGGAGGCGAAGUGGCUUUUCAGCCAUUUGGUUCUGCUGGCCAGGGAGCGGUGACAUACCGCAUGAUCGGUGGUGUCCUUGACUUUUUCGUACUGAUGGGCCCUGACCCUGUCAGUGUUGUGUCUCAGUACACAGGGGUGGUUGGUCAGCCCUAUCUUCCACCGUUCUGGUCUCUGGGUUUCCACCUGUGUAGGUGGGGCUACAAUGCCUCUAAGACUUUGCAGCAAGUUAUUCAGAGAAAUCGAGAUGCUAAGAUGCCUUAUCUCUUGGAAGGAAUAAGAACUGUGGGGAAAUUAGAAUCGGUCAAUCAAUAUGUGGAGCUCUCAUGGUCUAGAAAAGUAGCACUGCAACCUUUUGGCGGGCCUGAUGGGCCUGGGGCGGUCACUUACCGUAUGCUGGGCGGAGUCUUGGACUUCUUCCUGGUGUUGGGCCCAGAGCCGGAGUCAGUGGUCUCUCAGUACUCAGAUGUCAUUGGCAGACCAUACCUCCCUCCUUUCUGGUCAAUGGGCUUCCAUCUGUGUCGCUAUGGUUACAACGGCUCUAAAGCUUUGGCACAAGUGAUCAAGAGAAACCGGGAUGCUCAUAUGCCUUAUGAUGUCCAGUGGAAUGACAUUGACUACAUGGCUAACCACCUGGACUGGACCUAUGACCCUGUGCACUACAACACUCUCCCGGCCAUUGUCAAAGACUUGCAUGACAAUAACCAGAGAUAUAUUAUCAUGGCGGAUCCUGCCAUAUCUAGCUCACAACCGGCUGGAACAUACCCUCCAUUUGAUGAUGGAAAGGAGCUGGAUGUGUUUGUGAAAAACAGCAGUGGAGAGAUACUCAUUGGGAGAGUAUGGCCAGGAUUGACAGCAUUCCCUGAUUUCUUUCACCCCAACGCGUACACAUACUGGCUGAAGCAGGCAACAGGUUUUCACAGCAAAAUCCCUUUUGAUGGCUUGUGGAUUGACAUGAAUGAACCCUCCAGCUUUAUUGAAGGUUCAACACAAGGAUGUCCAGGGAACCUGUUUGAUCACCCUCCCUUUUUGCCUCCAAGCGUAAUGGACAAAUCUCUCAUCUCCAAAACCAUCUGCCCAUCUGCCAAGCAGUCUGUCUCGGAGCAUUACAACGUACACAAUAUGUAUGGCUGGUCUCAAGCCAAUGUCUCUCGGCGAGUCUUAAACACCCUGUUUGAAGGGAAGCGUGCCCCGCUCAUCACCCGCUCCUCGUACGCUGGAUCUGGGAAGUUCACUGGUCACUGGCUGGGUGACAAUCAUUCUGGGUUUGAUGAAAUGGCUUUUUCCAUCCCAGGAAUAUUGAACUUCAACCUGUUUGGUAUCCCUCAAAUUGGCGCGGAUAUCUGCGGCUUUAUAGGGGCCACAGAUGGAGAGUUGUGUGUGCGCUGGCACCAGCUGGGAGCUUUCUACACCUUCAUGAGGAACCACAAUGACUUAAACUCUCCUGACCAAGACCCUGCUGUCUUCCCCUCACCCUACAAGGAUUACAUCCGACUUGCCUUGCAGCUACGUUACCGCCUCCUGGCCGUCCUCUACAACUACUUCUUUGAGGCUCACAUGCUGGGCAAACCCAUCAUUCGGCCCCUGUUCUACGUCUAUCCUGGCACAGAGCAGAUUGAUGCACAGUUCAUGUGGGGACAGGAUCUUCUCAUUUCACCAGUUCUUCAACAGAAUGCAAGAACUGUGAAGGCAUACAUCCCAAAAGAUACCUGGUUCGAUUUCUACACUGGAGCACCUCUUGAAACAGUCAGUCAGUGGGUGGAUCUGGAUGCUCCUCUGGAUCAUAUCAACGUGCAUGUUCGUGGGGGCUCCAUCCUGCCUCUGUUACCAGCAACAGAACGCUCAGAUUUAUCUCGCAAAGAGAAGUUCCAGCUGCUGGUUGCUCAAAACUCCUCCAAGACUGCCUUUGGGCAGCUUUACUGGGAUGACGGUGAAAGUCAAGAUAGCAUAUCAGCAAAGAAGUACUCCCACAUUUCCUUCUUGGCCUCUGACAAUGGAGUACAAAGCCAGAUCCUUGAGUCAGGGUACAGGCCACAAGGUGGCAUUCGUCUAGGCCAGGUCACUGUUCUGGGGCUACAGUCUUCUCCCUCCAACGUGACCGUCAAUGGGAAGGAGAGUCAGUUCUCUUACUUUCCUGACACAAAAAAACUUGUCGUGAACAAUCUGAAUGAGGACCUGCUUGAACGUCUUGACAUGUCUUGGCUGUAGGAGACAGUCCUACUAAACCAAAGGCCAAGUUAAUGGAUCAAAGAAAUGGACUGAAAUGGGUUUUUUCUUGUCUCUUUUUAAACUUUGUCUUUGACAGGUUUUUGUUAAUCAGCAUUUGUCUUAUCAGUUCAAGGAUGAUUUUUUUUUUGCGUUCUUAUUUUUUAUACAUAUAACUUUUUUCUAUUUGUGUCCUUUUCCCUCCAGGGAAGCAUCGGGUUGUUUAAGGAAUUCCUUCUGUGGUAGUGUAAUGGCCCAGGUAAACUUUGCACAUGAUUCAAAGGCAAUGCUAUGAUUUGUUUAAGAAUAAAAAAUAUGUAAUAAUGUAGCUGUAUUUACAUAAUGGUACUUAAACUUUGUUUGGUCUUGAAAUGAAAUGUGUAUUGUCUUUUUACUGCUGUCUACAAAAGUAUUCAUUAUCGUAGGUAAAACUGAGGUAUGAUUCCAGUAUUUGCUGUUUUCUGCCUGUUUCUGCCAGCAUAUUGAGAUAGUUUGUGGAAUAUAGAUGACAUCUUGAAGCGGAUAUAACUUUUUAAAAAGAAAUAAGAUGAAGUUUUCACAAGUUGGAGAUUGGAGGAUCACAGUAUUAUUUUCUGCAGAUAUGACUUGUAGAUGCCAUCUUUUUUAGCUUUUCUAGUUUUGGUUUGGUUUUUUAUUCUCCUUUAAUUUUUUUCCUGUAAUUUUCUCUUAGUCAAUUAUAAUUAUAGCCCUGAAACUUUAUGAGUUUCUCAUAAUAACAUUCCUAAUAGCUCUUUCAUUUUCAUGAAUUAUUCUGUACAAGUGUGUUUUUGGCUUGUUUUCUGUACAAUUGUUUUAAAUCUUUUUUGCUUGUGAAAUGUCAGUUUUGUACCUGGACUGAUUUUGUACGUCACUAGCUUUACUGAUACCCAAGUAAUUUCUUAUUAUGCAAGAGAUUUUUAAUGGUGUCAGACUAAAAUAAAAUGUUUUAGUACUGUAAUUUGUCUAUAGCAGGAGAACAGACAUCUUUGCUGUGUAUGAACAUUUUGAAAAUGUUUGUUGUUGAGAGAUUUUGGAUU